AUGACCGACAGCCCGCGUGCAAGAACACCAAUCAACCCAUCUGCGGUUCUGUACGAGCAGUCGGCUGCUCGACCCGGCCUCCCCGCCGAGGUCGGCAAUAUGGACCUCGAUUUCGUGCCCGGUGUUGCUUUCAUCCCUGACGUCCACAUGGCCGACAGCCUGCGUGCAAGAACACCAAUCAACCCAUCUGCGGUUCUGUACGAGCAGGCAGCUGCUCGAACCGGCCUCCCCGCCGAGGCAGAUGCUCGAUCCGGCCUCCCCGCCGAGGUCGGCAUUAUGGACCUCGAUUUCGUGCCCGGUGUUGCUUUCGAUGCCAUGGGAAACGUAGAGCUAACGGGCGAUUUGCCAGGUGACGCGGACCGCGUCAACAAUAACAACAACAAUGUUGCACCCACUCCACAAUUCAGCCCGACCGCUCUACUCAACCCGCGAUCACUCGCAUCAAAACGCCCCGCAUCAUCUGGUAGCGACCUUGACCGCGGGCGUACCGAUCCCACCAUCGCUGGCCAAAUCUCACUCGUUGAGCAGUUGCACAACGUCCAGGAGCGCACAGCUUCACCAGCGAAGCGAAUCAAGACCGACGAGGACCGCAAAAAGUCUACGCAUCGCCAAGGAUUUAACGGUGGCAGCAGUCUCGAGUUACAAAAGACAAGUAGUCAAGCACCCUCGCAGACAGGACCGUCAAUCGACUUGACAAUGAGCGAUGAUGAUGAUGUUCAGUUGGUCGGAGACAAUAUGGAGGAGCUUAUAUGUGUCGGCAAAGUCAAGCACACCUACGUCCAGGCCCACACCGUUCCUUAUCCCGACCCAAAGAAGUACCUCGGCAACAGUGGUCAGCAAGGCCGAAUCAAGGUCUCAUUCCGUCGAGCUGGAAACAAUCGUAACAAUCUCAAUAUCAUGGUCACUGAUCCCACCGGCAGAGAAUUCGGUAGAGUCGACAUGAAGUCGUCAACUGGAUUGUGUCCAUUGAUAGAUGGAGCGAAGGCCAAUGGACUGAUAUGGAUGGCUUGGACCGAUAUUCGACGAAAACAAGCUGGCGAGGGUCCUCCAGGCUCACCCUUCUCGGGGCUCAUCAGCAUGACGCUCCAGUUGUACUGUAAGCGGAAGUGGGCCCAUGAUAUCGGCAAGUUCCAUAAGGGCAAGAACAUUCAGCUGCUACGACCCGUUUUCGAGCUCCAGCGCUACGACUACUACAACCCACAAGAUGGCGACUCUCUUACACGGAUCCAAGCGAUAGAUCCUAGCUUUCAGACCGAUCAGUUCACCCAGCAAGGGCCAACACCUGGAGAACCAGGCAGUAUCUACGUCUUGCGAAGCGUCGAUGAGAUCCGGGCUGACGUUGCCGACGUUUUCGAUACGGUUGUCAGUAAAUCGGAUGAAGUACCUACGCGAGAGCCGUCUAGUCACAUCAAGACAGAGCUGUAUCCGCAUCAGAAGCAAGCCCUCUAUUUCAUGUGGGACAAGGAGCAGGACCAUAGCGCGGAAGAGCACGACCAGCGCAAGGACACUCUCUGGGCGCCGAGGCUUCGCGACAAUGGUCGUAAGUUCUAUCGUCUCGUCAUCACCGGCGAGGAUACGCACUGUAAGCAGACAAUAAAGAAAGCAUAUAUCAUGUCACCAGAAAGAGCUUCAUUGAUAUUAUUCAUGACAUGA